AUGGACUUGCACAUUAAAUCAGACCCUCAACACGAGGCCAACGAGUCAACGCCCUCAAUCAAAUCUCUUCAACACGACCCCGAAACCACAGGCACAGAACUUGAAAGAGCUCUUCAUGGCCGCCAUCUCCAGUUCAUCGCCAUAGGCGCUGCCGUUGGCACAGGCCUUUUUAUCGGAACAGGAAAUGCCUUGGCAACAGCUGGUCCCGUAUCGCUUCUUAUUGCCUUCAUCUUUGUUGGAACCCUCUUGUUUUCCGUCAUGACAGCUCUUGGUGAAAUGGCAGCAUAUAUCCCUGUGGCGGGCGCUUUUACCACGUAUGCGACGCGCUUUCUCGAUCCUACGUUUGGCUUCGCUAUGGGCUGGAUUUACUGGUUCAGCUGGACAAUCACUUUUGCUCUUGAAUUAACAGCGGCUGGCUUGAUUAUCCAAUAUUGGGAGAAGGAUCUUAAUAUUGGAAUCUGGAUCGCUGUCUUUUGGGUACUCUUCACAGCAGCCAAUUUUAUGCCUGUUCGUUGGUUCGGAGAAUUCGAAAUGUGGUUCUCUAGCAUCAAAGUCGUCACGAUCAUUGGGUUUAUCAUAUUUUCAAUAUGCGUCAACGCAGGUGUAGGAGACCAAGGGUAUCUCGGAUUCAAAUACUGGAAAGACCCUGGUGCGUUCAAUGAACACAUCGUCGAAGGUGAUAUUGGACGAUUUGUUGGCUUCUGGUCGGUUUUGAUUACCGCAGGCUUCAGCUAUCAGGGGUCCGAGUUGGUGGCUAUCGGGGCAGGCGAAACAAAGGAUCCCCGAAAGACAAUUCCUUCAGCGAUGCGUUGGACCUUUUGGGGAGUGUUUUCGAUAUUUAUCGCCACCGUCUUCUUUCUCGGUUUGAAUAUUCCUUCAACUGAAAAAGGCCUCCUCAGUGAAUCGCACGACGCCUCAGCAUCCCCUCUUGUUAUCGUCGCCCAGCUGGCCGGAGUUCCUAUUCUGCCAUCGAUUCUCAAUGCAGUGCUAUUGACUGCAGUUUUGACUGCUGCCAACUCCGAUGUUUAUUCCAGUAGCCGAAUCCUGAUCUCUCUUGCCGACUCGGGCCAUGCACCCGGAUUUUUGAAGAAGACAAACCGAUUUGGAACGCCAUACAAUGCCGUCGGUGUCUGCGCAGCGGUUGGCUUCUUGUCAUUCCUCAACUUGUCCAACAACGGCACAGUUGUGUUCAACUGGUUCCUGAGCAUUACCUCUGUUGCAGGGUUUAUCGCCUGGGCCAUCAUUUCGCUCUGUCAUAUCCGAUUCAUGAAUGCUCUUUCGCUUCAAGGGAUACCUCGUACUAGUCUACCUUAUGUCGCCCCUCUGCAGCCAUAUCUAUCUUGGUAUGGUUUGUUUUUCAGCUCUCUGAUCAUAAUCACUAGUGGGUUUGAAGUAUUCAUCGAGUGGGAUACCAGCAAGUUCUUUACGAACUAUAUCAGCUUGAUUUUGUUCCUUGUUAUGGUUAUUGGUCACAAGUUGUUCUUCAGAACCAAGACUGUGCCACUGAAUGAGAUGGAUCUUAUUACCGGAAGCGAACUAUAA